AUGUCGAAGAGUUCUGGAGGGGACAGAUGGCUUAGUGAGCUUGGCUACAAGUUAGGCCAGACGUUGGGCGAGGGGAGCUACUCUAAGGUGAGGGUGGCCACGUCGGCCAAGUACAAAGGGCCCCUAGCCAUCAAGGUGGUAGACCGGCGCCGGGCACCCCCUGACUUCGUACACAAGUUUCUCCCACGAGAGCUCUCCAUCUUACGGACCAUUCGCCAUCCCAACAUCAUAAGAGUCUUCGAGUUCAUCGAAGUUUGCAAUGGGAAACUUUACAUUGUGAUGGAAGCCGCUUCCACCGACCUGCUACAACUGGUGCAGCAACUGGGGAAAGUACCCUGCGCCCCGGAAGCACGGGACAUUUUCUCACAGGUCGUGGGAGCCGUACGCUACUUGCACGAGCGGAAUCUGGUACACCGGGACCUCAAGUGCGAGAACGUGCUGCUCACUGCAGAUAGCCGCCGGGCAAAGCUAACCGACUUCGGUUUUGGCAGAGAAUCGCGGGGGUAUCCGGACCUGAGCACCACCUACUGUGGGUCCGCUGCUUACGCCUCCCCUGAGGUGCUCCUGGGCAUUCCCUAUGACCCCAAGAAGUAUGAUGUCUGGAGUCUUGGCGUGGUGCUCUACGUGAUGGUCACCGGCUGCAUGCCUUUUGACGACACUCACAUCCACAGUAUGCCUCGCCGCCAAAAGAAGGGGGUCUUCUACCCAGAUGAGCACCCCCCCGUGCCUGAACCUUGCAAAGCCCUAAUUGGACAGUUGUUGCAGUUUAGUCCUGCUUCCCGGCCUGGGGUGGGGCAAGUAGCCAAAAACAGUUGGCUGAAAAGUGGACCCGUCAAUAAACAAGACGCCUCUACCAGGUAG